AUGGUCCCGCCCCUGGGCAGGGCCUCUGACUCUGAGAGCGGAAACCCUGUUGGAGGAGUUGGGCAGGUCAGCGGGCAGCUGGGAGCUGAGGAGUAUCUGGUCAGUCAGGCAGUUGCUGACACACGGGGAAUUGGGCCUUGCCACAACCAGGCUCAGAGCAGAUCUGGCUGGGAACAGCACUGCGUGGGUCCAAGAGACACCGGAGCUGGCACGCCACCAGGGUCCAAUGGAGUCCAGAACCUACCUGGCCCUAGGGCCACACUGACCUUCACACCCCUAAUCAUCGCCACCCUGGAAUCCCCAUCCACCCAUCCUGACUUCUGCCCUGGGGGGCCCACCCUGAGCUCUAAUGAUGGCAGCUCUGGGCCCACCAGUCCACCUUGGGCCUCUCUGAGUCCUCAGCACUUGGACCCACUGUGCCACCUGCCAGCCAACGAAGGGAAUGACCUUGGAACCCCUCAGCGUUCCAGGACUCCAGAUAGUGAGCCCCUAUUGGGGAACACAGAUCUGCCAGGUGCCUGGGCCCUGUCAACAGUGGGGGAGCUGGAAGAGGGUGAGGGGCAGGGGGAGGAGGAGUGCCCCAUCUGUACAGAGCCCUACAGGCCUGGUGAGCACCAGCGGAUCCUGCUGAACUGUGGUCACAGCCUGUGCGUGGGCUGCCUGCACCAGCUGUUGGGCAUGGCUCCCUGCGCUGACCUGGGCCGUGUGCGCUGCCCAUUGUGUCGCCAGAAGACACCCAUGCUGGAGUGGGAGAUCUGCCGGCUGCAGGAGGAGCUGCUUCAGGCUGAUGGGCCUCAGUGCCCACCUCCCUCCCCACCCCCUACACCCCCACUCCGUGGCCCUGGGCCCUGGGGCUCCCUAGAACACCGCUAUCAGCUGCGCUUCCUGGCAGGGCCAGUGGGUGGUCGAGGAUGCCUGCCCUUCCUGCCCUGCCCUCCCUGCCUGGGCACCUGGUUGUGGACACUGCGGGAGCGUGGACCGUGUGCCCGCCGCCUGGCACUACUAAGCCUGCUAGCACUCGAGCUGUUAGGACUGCUGCUCAUCUUCACACCGCUCAUGCUGCUGGGUGUGCUCCUCAUGCUCCUGGACCGCUCUGGCCGCUGAACACAGCCCGGGACGGCAGGCCCGCCAGUGACCAGGCGGGAAAACCCAGGUUCAGACCCAGCAUGGGCCUUCAGUCAAGACCUGCCAUCUCUGAACCCAAGACUAGGGUUUGCGGCAAUCCAGGAGCCUGACCCAGCCAGAGAGCCCACACACUAGCUGAACCCAAGGACGUCAUGCCAAGGACAGCUGCUGAAGGUGGCCAGCCCAGCAGGAAGGCCUGUGAGCAGGGCCUCUUGUGCUUGCCAUGGACGAGUGCCAUACUGGUCAUGGGCAGGUGUUGGGCCACACCUCCCUCUCCUGUGGCCCAGAAGAGCUACAGAGACCCAGCAGUGAGUCUGUUCACUCCUCUGUGUGCCAGGUUGUGAGUGCCUGAAGGCCAGGGUAACUGGCACAAGAGGCCUAUGCACUCAGCCUGCAAAGGCUCUUCACUCUGCCUGGGCCAGGACCAGAGUGGGUGGUCCAGAGCAGCUGGGCAUCAUCACUGGCUCUGUGCUGCAAAAGACAAGGGCCUUGGAGCCUGAAAGUGUCAAAACAAAGCCCAGCCAUGACCUGACUGCCUGUGCAACCUUAACAUCAUUGAGCCUGGACCCUCACCUAAAAAUGGAGACAUCUGUAGCCUACUUCAUGGCUUGUUGGUGACGUGAUGUCAGGUGGGGUGUUGCAUGCCUGGCAUAAGAAGUGGCUCUCAAUAAACAGUA